GGCAAGCCUCAUUCGGUGCGAUGUAGACUCGAUCAAUAACUGCGCCCGAGUUCCAUUGCAAGGGCGAUGGGGAAGAAGUUGUCCUCCCUUGCUCAUAGCUCGGGAGACAAGUUCGAUUCCAAGGGUGAUGGGGAAGAAGUUAUCGUCCCUUGCUCAUAGCUCGGGAGACAAGAAAAAAAAACAUUGUUCUUAUGAGAACGUGUUUGACCAGCUCCUUGAGUGGAGUGCUGCCCACGUUGAUGAGCUUAUGUCGACGUACGGCUCGAGCGAGCAGUCGUCUGCCCAUGGAGGUUCUUGCGGCCGGGGGUCGGCGUCAACCGUCACUCCGCGAUCACGAGGUGGUAGACCUCGGAGUAAUGCUUUGAGGUGGCGCGACGACAAGGACGGAUUGGUGGAUAUUGGUCCGAGGUUUGAGAGGUUGACGAUGAGGGACCGCAUGGCUAUGUGGGAUGCACCGGUAAAACCUGAUGUCGUGUUUCUUAAACUGGUGAAACUUCUCCAGAUUCUCGGCAUGUUCGAGAAAUCGUGUCCUCAGCAUGGGAAAGAGGUGGAGGUGACGAUCAAGAAGAUACGUUAUCCUUCUCACAUUUGUAAGUUGCAAUUCGAGUGUGGGAAAGGGUGCUCGUGGCACUGGAGUUCCGCGAAGGUUGUUGCUGGUGGAGUGAGAGAUUCGAGGGUGGAGACUCAAUUGUUCCACUCCACUGUGGCUGUGGGGAUGACGUACACUCAAUUGAACAACCUCUUGCUGGGCCCGGGGAUGAAGAAGAGCUUCGAAAGGCUAAUCGCACGUCUGCGUAGAUCUAACGAUCCGAUUGUCAUUUUGGUCGACGGGCGUUACGAUUCAUCUCGUGAGGCGCAACAUUGUACGGUGUCGACGUUGGAUUUGAAGUUUGGGAUGAUCAUGGGUACAGAGACGAUGGUGAGGGGGGGCGAGUCAUCAUGGCGGCUGGAAACUCAGUGUGUGGAGAAACUUCUUUAUCUGUUGAAGGACGAAAAAAACCUGAUAAUCGUCGAGGUUGUGCAUGACGAUUGUGGUGCGAUUGACGUCAUCUUACAACGAAUGAACAUUGACUCGCAGAAGUGUAUGCGGCAGAAAGCCAAGACCUUGGUGAAACGCUUGCGAGAGGCUGUGCGUGCCGCGAAGACUGCGAAGCCAUCUGUGGUGGGCGCUUGCGAACACGUGCGCGAGGUGAAGUAUUUCACGAAGAGGGAGCUCAAAGUUUGGCUCGAUACGAAAGGUGUGUGUGUGCGUGUGCGUGGGGUGGCUACGAAAAAGAAGGACGAGCUCGUUGAAAUAGUAUGGGGUGUGCUCUUUCCCAACGAAGCAGGGAAGCCGUUGCCAGAUGAUGUCAUUGAGAUCGACGCGUUGGAGGCCUUGCAUUGUAGUGCGGCGGAGGAGGCGAAGGAAUGGUUAUAUGGCACUUGCAGGAUAAGUGAACCGGUGGGGGAUGACGACGACGAUGUGUUGGCCUCGCAUGGGAAACGCCUGGCCAAUCAUUGGGCUAAGGAUCAUUCCCUCUGAGAUAAGGAGUUGUCAAACCUGUGCAAGGCGGCCGACGGUUCGGACAGAGAGCCAUUGUACGAGGCUGGUAGUCGGGUUCAUGUGGCCAUUGGUUGAUGUUUGCAGCAAUUCGCUUCCAACACGAAGAUGGCAUACUACACACGAGUGAGGAUGACUUUCAACAACGAGUGCUUCCACUCUGUGAUCAACGAGUACUGCACGAAACGAUUGAACUUCCCAAAGUCCUACGAGGCGCGACUUUGUUGCACCGCGUUAAAAUAGAAAAAAAACAAACAAAUCAGACCAUC